UCAUUUGAAGAAGAAGAAGAAGAAGGCGAUCCUUCCAUUGAAGGAGGAUAACAGUACGUACGUCCUUCGUCUGUUGAAGAAUACCCCAAAUAAUCUGUGGAUCUUUUCAUUGGUCAUGUUUGUCAACCAGUCCCUUGCCACUGUGUCAACAGGUCAAUAAUACCAUGAAAGUGAGGGGGAAAUGCUUUGGGAUUAAAAGUUUGAUUUUCUUUUUCUCAAACAUUUUCGCAAGGUUGAACAUCUUGGUUGUGCCUGUAUAUUUGGCCCAAUGAAAAGGUAUCAACUUCAGUGUGUAUUAAGAUGAGGCCAUCAAGAAAGGACAUAGCAAUAUUCUUAAUAUCUUUCACGACCGGUGCGGUUGCUAUGUAUGGGUUGAAGGUCGGAUCGAAAGGGGCAACGCAAGUCCAGGAAUCAGCGAAUUUCGCAAUCAGAUCUCACCGGAGGAAAGACCCAGAUACACAUGAUGGCUCUCUCUCUCUUUCUGAUUCGACUGGAGGAUCCCGAUACGGUGACGUAGUGCUGGGAACGGAUUUGGUUGUAAUAUACAACAGCGUACCAAAAUGUGGAAGUCGGACUUUCGGAGAUACAAGCCGAAAGAUAUUCAAGAAACGUUCAAUAGAAGUUACACGCUACUCUCUCAGACAUGAGAAUAGAAUAGAAGGUGAUAGAAUACGCAGUAAGAGCGAGAUAAAACGCCUCAUACAAGGAGUUAAGAAGCCUGCCUAUGUCCAGGGGCAUGGGAUAUUCACGGCCUUCGAUGACAACCCCCGUCCUGUUUAUAUCAAUUUCAUACGAGACCCGGUUUCACGGAUGGUGUCUGCGUUCUAUUUCAGUCGUUAUGGAGACGGACAAAUCGCAAAGGUACCUUUAGGCGCUCGAAUGAUGAAUAUGUCUAUAGAAGAAUGCAUUGUGGGUAGACGAGACCAGUGUACUCAACCGAGCUACCCACAGAUUUUCUGCGGUUUUAACAACAGAUGCGGGAAAGACCUAAAAUGGGCGUUGGACCAGGCCAAGUCUAAUAUCGACAAAUAUUACACGUACAUCGGUAUUACUGAGGAUUAUGAAGCAUCUUUGAAGGUUUUUGAACAUGUUCUACCAGACUUGUAUUAUGGUACAACAGAGGUGUACCAAUCACUCCUACAAGAAGCAAACAACAGAGUGGUGGAAACGAAAACGAAAAACAAACAGCCGUUGUCUCAAGAACUCACGGACACUGUCAAAGUACUGCUAGCUAUCGACUACGAACUCUACGAUUAUAUUUAUAACAAACAUGUACAACUCAAAGAAAGAUUUGGAAUUGACUGACCCUGUAUUCACGCCAUUCAGACAACGAAAGUAAUCGCUCACAAUACAUACCAUGAUUGUGUAAAUAAUAAUAAAAUAAUAAUCCGCUUUUAUAUAGCGCUUAAUACAUCAGAACGACGUGUCUAUAAGCGCUUUACAGAUUCAUUAUUACCCCGGUCAUCGGAUUCAAUCAGUUAUUCCCGCACACAAUGUGUGCACAUCCUCCAUUCCCUUGGGAGUAUUCCAGUCAGUCGGCGGUGAGGCGCACACAGUAUACUGGGCAAGCUACAAUGACUUUCACAUCCUACCGGCUACCCAUUUAGCACCUGGCUCGAGAGUGGCAAAGUGUGGAUAAACGCCUUGCCAAAGGACGGCAGACCGCGGUGGGAUUCGAACAAACGACCCUCUGCUUACAAGGCGAGAGCCAGAACCACUACAUCACGGCUCCUCUAAAAUUAUUUUCCUUAUUUAUAAAUGUACAUAUAUGCUGUAAAAUGGUUAUGAAUACUUAAAAGAAAUCAAUGUGAUUUUAUUCGUGCGGUGCUACAUCAUUUGACACAUUAUUUUUACAUUCCCUUUUGUAAAAAAAAAAAAUCGUCAAGUAGUACAAGGCGUUUUUCUGCCGCGUCUGAAUGCUUCGUUUGUACGGUUAUACCCAGUGGUGUAUUGAGCCACAAAUUUUGAGCGGGGUAUAGAGACAGAGUAUUGGGAGACAUGUCUAAAGAAGCUGCAAGUGAUGCGAAGUGAGCGAGAAUGGUGACAUUUUUAAAUGCCAAAAUGUAAUUUAUUUAGUGAUAGUUGAAACUAAAAUCUCACCCUUUUAUUUUUUUCUUUUAUUUCUGCAUGUUGUUUCUCUUGAUUGUGAAACUAUGUGUGUGUGUGUUUGUAGAAGGGGUUAACCCCCUCUCUAGGUAUAAUCACUAGUAAUGAGGGGGAUAUGUUUUUAAAAUGGUCUCUACGUCUGCCUGGUUAAUUUCACACUUCAAUGGGAUAUUUUCUUAAACUAAAGGAUGUGCAGAGGAGUACCGCAGGGAUCCAUCUUGGGUCCAAAAAUAUUUUCCAUAUUUAUGAAUGAUGUGCCUAUAAAUGUACAGACUGAAAUGCUUUAAAAUAAAUAUGAAUUCUGAAAAAAACAAUGUGAUUUUAUUUGUGCGGUGCUGCAUCAUUUGACAUUCAUUUGACAAGUGGAGCGCCUCUGACAGUCUCACGUGAUUCAGUAUAGCAGCAGUGUUGACUUUGAAAUCUACUAUGAAAUAAUUAUUCACAAAAACACCAUUCAUGUAAUGAAACGAUAGUACGUUCAUUGACAAUAAAUGACAUUUGACCUUGAUCAUGCGACCUAAGACUUGUCAGUGAUACUUUAUUACAAACAAUAUAUGUAUAUAUAUAUAUAAACUUUCAAAGUUAUGACCUUGGUCAUGUGACCUGAAACUCAAGCAGGAUGUUCAAUAAUACCUGAUUAACUAUUUUGCCGAGUUUCAUGAACUAGGUCUACAUACUUUCUAAGUUAUGCUGUCAUUUCAAAAACUUGACCUUCGGUUAAGAUUUGGGGUUGACACCUCCGCCGUCGAAAAAGCGGCGCCUAUAGUCUCACUCUGCUAUGCAGGUGAGACCAAAUUUUUUUUUUGACUUCGUUAUUCUUUAUCUAAUUUUGAUGAAGCAUUAAGUAUGUGGUUGUACCUAGUCAAAUUAUUUUUAGCUCGAAGUAAUCGAUAUAUACUAUUCAGUCCCACGGACACCUCGCCCAUUCUUUUCCCUCUCUUUUUCUAUACCCAUACCCGUUUAUUUAUUUAGGAGUUCGAAUGGAACUAUGUUCAUUUGUUGAUGGAACUAGCUGGAUUGUGAUGAAAGAUUUCUGGGUUUUCCACGAAGGUACGAAAAGUUAUGAAUUUUCCUUCAAAUUUAAUGACUGUGUUGUUCGAAGUGAUAUAUUAUAAUAUUUAGAUAAAAAUAAUUGGUGAAUUUGCAUUUUUCCUUCGAGCAUUGAAGGCUUUAAUGAUAAGUUCUUCCUUAGACCAAGGUGUUUGAAUUAAUAAUUCUAUUUUUUUUGUCAAUAUGAUGUAUAGGACAUGUAUAGUUAAUCGAUUGUUCAAAUGUCUGUCAAUACGCUAAAUUUCCCUGUAAGCUUUAUAGAAAUCUAAAGAGUAUUAUGAUAUAGUUGAGUAGCUACUCAUGCAAAUGUAUGUUAUUAUUUAUUUUAGAUUGCAGUGUUGGGUACCGGAAUCUGACCUUAGAAAGCGAUUGUUUUGGUCCUUGGUAUGGUUUUUAACCUGAAUCUGCCCUAGUCGGGUGAGUCAAGAUGGCCGUACUUAAAAGAUAUGCAUUAUUUUUGGCCAUGCCUCUUAAAAGAUUGAGACGUGCAGUACUUUAACAAAAAUUAACGGGGUUUUUUGUGAUCGAUUACGAAAGUUUGAAUUCGUGUGAGAUAUAUAAAAGAUUGAUAUAUUAAGAAGAAUGUUUCCAAUGUUUGCUAUAUAAAUUGUGAAUUCAUAUAUUUUACAUUGAAAGAAAAUGAUUGCAAAGAGGUCAAUUUAAGCUUUAGAAAACAUAUACUAUCUAUGAUACUUGUGACUAUUUAAUUGUCGAUAGCUGAGUAAUAACUUGUUAUACACAUUAUUACUUUUCGAUUAUUAUCAAGCGCAGACUGUAACUAUCUAUGUGACUUAAAUUAUUAAAAAGAAUACACACAAUGCAGUGACCUGCUCAGUGAUCGAAACGUGUACUCGUAAUAUAAAGGGGAUAUACACAAUUUGGACAGGUAAAUGCUUUAUUACAUGCUGUAAUGAGAUGUGAACAUUAUACUCAUGUUCUUUAUUGUUUCUCUCUUUUCUGAUUGCAGAGGUUUUUCCUUUUUUGUUAUUUUCUGAACAACUGUUGUGCUCAAGUGGGAAAUUAAA